AUGACUUGCCUACUAUGCUCCAUAGUGAAUUUUCCAGCCCAUCUUCCUCCUUCUUUGAAGGUUAGUUCUCCACACAACUCUCCUUUUCCCUUGGCUCGUCAGUCCAACUCUAGAGCGAAUCCUCUGGUGGAAGUUCAGCUUUCAUCUUGUACUAGCUCACUUUGUUUUCAUGAGUCAAGGUCUAGAGAAAAAUUUGGAAGGUCGACCAUCAUCAUGAUUGACCCGAACGUGGCAACCCAACAUGCAAGUGACCAAGUAGUUGAUG